AUAGGUUAUGUUUUAUUAUUUACUGUUUGAUUUAAGCACAUUCAAAGUAUUUGUGUAGUAUUUUUAAAAUAAAAAUUAGGUAUUUGGGUACUGUUGGUAAUAAAAAAGAAAAUGCUUUUCUUAGCGAUUAAUAAACCAUGAGUCUGCGAUUUCAUAGCAAGACUUACAUGUUUUUAGCCAUUACAACUGUAGUACUGUAUAUUCUGUAUACAAAAUUUUCAAAACCUGCUAAACAAGAAAACAAUGAAGGCAUACAAGAAAUUAAUAAACAAGAGAGUAAAACUAAAGUUUCUGUUCCAAGAAACAAAAUCGUGGUAGCCGUUGUGGCCUGUGGAGUUAGACUUAAUGAAACUUUAACUAUGAUAAAGUCAGCUGUUAUGUUCACUCAAGCGACUCUACAAAUAAUAGUUGUUACAGAGGAAAAUUUAAUUGAUGGAUUUCAUAAAAUUCUUACUGAAUGGAAAAAUAUAGCACAAGUUUCAUUUGAUUUUAAAAUUCUUCCUUUAACCUUUCCAAAGGAAAAUACAGAAGAGUGGCAAAAAUUAUUCAAACCAUGUGCAUCACAACGUUUAUUUUUGCCUUCUGUACUACAUGAUGUUGAUUCUAUUCUAUAUGUGGAUACUGAUACUCUGUUUUUAACACCCCCUGAAAAGAUAUGGGAACAUUUUUAUAAAAUGAAUUCUAGUCAAAUGGCAGCCUUAGCCCCAGAGCAUGAAGAUCCAAAUGUUGGAUGGUAUAACAGAUUUGCAAGACAUCCUUAUUACGGGAAAUUAGGUGUUAAUUCUGGUGUUAUGUUAAUGAAUUUAACAAGAAUGCGCAAAUUCCAAUGGGGUGCUUAUGUAACACCAAUUUAUAAAAAGUAUAAGUUAAAAAUAACAUGGGGUGAUCAAGACAUCAUUAAUAUAAUCUUUCAUUAUCAUUCUGAUAAACUUUUUAUAUACCCAUGUCGUUUCAACUUCCGACCAGAUCACUGCAUGUACAUGAGUAUUUGCAAAAGUGCAGAAAAGGAUGGGGCAGCAGUUUUACACGGUUCCAGAGGCUUCUUUCACUCUGAUAAACAGCCUGCUUUUAAGAUCAUUUAUAAUGCUUUUGAAAAGUUUCAGCUUGGUGGUGAUCCAUACAGCAACUUUUAUGAAGAUUUAGCUGCAGAAUUAAACGCAACAACGCAUACAAACUGUGGCCUUGUAAAGGACAUAUUUUUGAAAAGUAUUAGACAAUCUUUGCCAUAAAGCUUAUUUUUUUGUUUUUUUUUACGAUAUAACAGUAUUUUACAUAAACUGAUUAAAUUUUUAUACUGCAUACAUUUAACAAUAAUCGUGAUUGUGAUAUAGUUCUAAGUAGCAACACAUUUUUUUCUUUUUUC